CUGUUUUGGCUUUUCCUGACUACUUUCACUUUCCACUUCCAAUUAAGUCGUUCCCUAUCGUAGUUUCAUUUCGUUAUAUACACAGAUGCGUUUGCUAUUCGGAGAUAUAUUGAGUGUGUUUUUCUUGGUACAGGUACUUGGAGUCAUGCCAUUCAUCGUUGACCAUGACAAAGCCAAGCACUACAUAGAAGUCCUUCGAGAACAAAGUCGCUUGGUGAAAAAUGACUGGCGACAACAUAACUAUUGUACAUUCAUCUCCAGUUUCGCGUCCAACUUUGGGAACGAGCGAUGCAUGGUGGUGGGUAGUACUACAGAGCGGACGAGACUCCGGUCAAGAAGGGACCAAGGGGACUAUGAUUACCUGAUAAUAUCUGAUGUCGCUAUCCCUGUAGAGACUUUAGAGUACAGUAAAGAUGUGCCUUGCUUUGUUCAAAUAAAUGUGCAUAAUACACAGUUGUCGAACCUGUCGGUGGUGGAUGGGAAAUAUUUGAACGCUAGUCUCUUGAAGUACUUCGAUGACAGUGUCUUCAAGAUUUUGAGAGGCAUCUACGAUGUCUUCGCUUUGCCAUCAUUAACACGGUCUGACGAUUUUAUUCACAUCAAGGUCAACAAAGAGGUAAAACCUGGACAUAACCAGGCCCAUUUUUCUGGUUUUGAAUACCUGGGCAAAGAACAAGGGUACAUUCAGGUGGAAGCAGAUAUCAAUGCCAUCACAAAACAAUUUAGGUGUCUGCUUGAUGUAAGUGACAUCUCAAGGGACAUGAUUUCAGUUAUGAGAAAUAUCUUCUUUUUGUUAGAAGAAUUGCGACCUGAAAAUAUUCAGAAUUCUUUAACUUUUCAAACCUUCGGCGCUCUCAUUGAGGCCGGAACGGACGAGACAUUGACAUGGCUCUAUGACGGACGCAGUAAAGGAUCCUGUGAUAAGGAAUCCUGCAAUAACGACCAAAUCACCAAGGAUCCUAAAGCAGAGGGAAAUAGUUCCCCCGGAACAACCAAAGAACUUGUAACAAUUCUCUUUGAUUUUAAAAGUGGUCGUGAUUUUAUUCCAGCUUUUCCGAUAAAAGGGAUAUUACCAUGUUUAGUCGAAUGGAGAAGCAGAUUAAUGGAAUCAAAAUCAUUUUGGCCAAGUCGCGAAGCGAUUGACCGAAUCUAUGAAAGCGAAUAUUACGUCAUAGCAAAACCUGCAAUUGUCAAUCCAGAUGUCAGGAAAGAUUUUUGCAUUGGAUUUAACAACGCAGAGAUGAUUCUCUCUUCCACGUUUUCAGAUGGACAAAGACUAUGUUUCUUACUUUUAAAGUCGUUACAGAAAGGGUACCUGAAAGAGUUUUCAGAACGAUUGACUAGCUAUCAUUGGAAGACGGCAUUUUACUAUACCUUGGAAACAACCGAGUUAGAAAUGUUUGCAUCACAUUCCGGAAUCUUUAAUGCAUUGGAGAAGGUUCUUAAUUUCAUGGUUACCUGUCUUGAACAGCGCUUUUUGCGACAUUAUUUCAUAAACAGUAAUUUAAUUGCUCAUUUAAUAGAGGAAGAAUGUCGCCAAAUUAUCUCCGCAAUACAAGCCAUCAUAUCGGAUCCAUUAACAGCUUUAGAUGUUUACUUUUUUCAAGAAAAGGACGAUGGGAAACUCGUUGAUCAAAUACCGAACGAUCAAAUUGAGGACUUGAGACACCAAGAAGGCGAUUCUUCGCGGAAAACUCACGCGGAGGCAAUCCUUUCGUUAGUUAGUCGUCUCCAAAUUGGUGCUGACAACGAUUCUUCCAAAUUCGUUGCGGCCAUAGUUGACACCUUGGCAGUUGCCGUGAAGACCGAGGCUAAUUUUGAUUGCUAUGCUAACGAGUUUUGCACUGGUAUUCUUAAAUUCAUCGGUGAUUACCUGAACACGAAUUUUCAGACAGCGGAAGACCGAAAGAGGAAACUUGAAGUAUUUGCUCCAAUACUAGAAUUAUAUCUUUCGCACUCAUUUGGAUGAACUAUAUUAUUGCAACUUUCAAUGUUACAGUGUCGUAAUGUAUAUCCGUUAUCCUUCUUUUAUUCAAAUGCGAGGGAUUUUGCAAGGUUUGUGAGAAUUGAAUCGUCGUGGAUAGUUCUUGCUUGAACCAGUCCUGACCAAGACGUCUAAAGUAAAAGCUUGCAUUUUUACUGAAAAGUGCAUGGCGUGAUAUAAGUCGCUGCGAACCAGAUUAUUCCUGGUAAAUAGUGGCAAAAUAAAGUCGUUGUGAAUAAAGUUGGUUUACAAUUGAGUUUUUUUCUGGUAUUAGUAUCUAGUGUUAUCUAAUAUAUCGAAGUCCAAUUUUGCUGAUUCAACAUCCAUGCAGUUAUGUUAUACUUUGUGCGAAUCUGUGUAUUAUAAUAAAGGGUUCUCUAAAUGAUGGUGUCGUCAAAGCUCAGGCACGUUUUAUUUUCAUAGACAUUUUGUGAUCUGUUGUAAUAAUAAUACUGAUUUCAAUGUUAAGAGUAAUAGAGGCCUUGUUCGUUUGUUUAAAACAACAGUUGAAACUUUGGCCAAAUCUUAGUGACAUGAAUAAUUUGUGUUUGCUGCUUCAUCAUUUCUAUAUAUAUAAAUUAGCUCUUCUGCUAUUCUGUGGAUGUCUUUGUAUAAUUAAAUAUUAUAUUA